AUGGUUUCUUACAAGGACAAGCUGGGUGUGGCGAACCAGGAGGCAGACUAUGUGGAAGCCAUGCGGAAUAUGGCCAUCAGAGAUAACCAAGAGGAUGACGCUGAGUUUACCUCAAAUGUGAAAAGAGUUUCCAAGCCCAAGGAUCUCUGGAAAGGGUUCAUCUCGAGCUUUAGGAACGGACACCUCACCCUCACUUGCGUCAUCGACUUUCCCUACAAGGACUACGGAUUGCGGAAGGAGAGCCUCAACCUUCCUCCAUCUGAGUCGCUGCUUGAGCGCAUGUUUGUGUUCAAGGUAGGUGACAACACUCUGGAGCGCUUCAGUCUGCACGUUCAUUCUCUGGAGCGAUGGAACGACAGAGGUUCCAUCAACGCCCGAGCCAAGAGAGUCAGUGCAGUCAACCUCCGCCGCUGCAUGAGGCUCCGGGAAGACGAACUCUUCGAGGAAGCUGAGUUCCACAAGCAUGAAGUGCUUCCCAUUUCCCAGUACCUUCGCGAUAACUGGAGGAAGCAUCUGAGGGAAGGGCAGACCGGGGACAUAGAGUGGCGCUGGCAUGACAGACCUGGCAAACUGCCAAAUUUCGACACGUCAUAUCCUGACAGAUAUAAAGAGGUGCUAGAUGUUUUAAAGUUCGCUUCUGGUGCGCAGGAUGCGAAGGACUACUACUACGAGACAUACGGUAAACAAGAGACUCGUCGGCGGAUGAGAAGCGCCUUCACCGGAGACUCGCAGGAGAAGGAAAAUGAAUGUGACGUGGUGCUGCUCGAGAAGCCCAUGGUCGUCGGGCUCUGCGUCGGAGUCGGGAAGUACGACUCUCUUCCUCAGCUGAGCAGCGUGGAGGACUCGAGAGCCUUGUGCGAGGCGCUUGCAAAGACACCGCGGUGCCGAGGGGCGGAAUGCCGAGACCCGUCGGAGCUCAACCUUAUCCGCUUCCUCCGAACUCACUUCGUCGGCAUCUCGAAGCUGCCGCCGCCCUUGAUCCUCCUGUACUACUCCGGGCAUGUUCUGAGAGAGGUCAAGGAGGGAGAGCUCUGCCUCCUCCCAACGAACUUCGACGCGUCGGAUCUGGAGCCCAUGGAGGAGGAGCUCUACUGCGUACUGACGCUCAAGCACCUGGUCAGCAUCUGGAGAGAGAGCUUCCAGUCGGAACGGCCGCGCGUCCUCCUCCUCGUGGAUGGAUGCAGGACGGUGGUUCCCAACCAGGGUCGGCUGGGGAAGGAGCUCAACCUGCCUGCUGAGUGGAGCAUGUGCGUUUGCAGGAGGAGCGGUGGAGGCGAGGCGGCGCCGGAGGGGUCUUACAUGCACUCGAUGCUCAUGGACCAGCAGGAAGGGAUCUUCGCUGAAGGGAAGAGCCUGCGCGAGGUCCUCGCUCGGAUCAGGGAUCGAGCGCCAGCUGGGAUCAUGGUGGAGAUGCAGUUGCAGGAAGAUCUUCUCGAGUCGCUCCGCCCCUCCGGGCCUGUGGAGUUUCGGUCGCGGGUGAUGGAGGAGGAGGCGGUGAUGGUGGCGGAGGAGGAAGGGAACGAGGCUGAGAGCAUGGAGUUGGAUAACCCGGACACUGAACGACAAGUACGAAGAAAGACCGAAUAG